CGAGCAACCAAACAGGGUGAUGCGCACCGCUAUUGGGUCGGGAAUGCGGGCCCCGCAGGCUGUGAGCUGGACCGUCCGUCGUGUCACGGUAUCGCCUACGUCGCGUAGGGUCAGGCGGUCGGAUUCCGCUAGAAUUAGAUGCCGUCAACUGCGUCGCACGAUCUUGAUAACACAAGCCCCGAUGUUGUAAAGCACGUGUCACUCGAGAACUUAGUUUCUACUCGUGUGGCGUCUGGAAGAUGCCACGUGAGCUAUUCGAGGAUCGUCGGUAGAGCGAUGCUUGAAACGGAUCCGCUGCUCCUCGAGGCGGACACCCUCGGAUUCCGCCCUUGGGCAACUGGGACUUACUGUGGAAAGCGAGAGCGAGAGCGAGAGCGAGGGCGGAGGCUGGCGGAUCUCUGAUCGUGUAAUCGGACUCGCCGAGAACCUCGAUUUCCAUCUAAUGAUUCCUCGAUCUCCAUCAAGAAGCUUCGCUUUGACGGCUCUUAUUCGUUCAAAUUUGUUCUUGAUUCGGUUCAUUCCUGCUUUUUUGACGGUUGAUCGGUCUCAGGCGGAGCCUCGGAGAACGCGUUUUCGAUCCGCGCUGGAGCUGGGAAUUGGCGCGUGGCUUUGCUAAUCUGGAUGAUGAGAAACAUAUCAACCCAUGCAAAUCUUGAGUACAAGUUCAAUAUUUAAAAAGUCACUUGCUCAUGACCAGUAAGUAGAACUGCGUACCAACAGAAUGGUCCUAAACAGUGGAGGGAACAACUCCGAUAAUCAUAAUUUAGCAUCAAGACAACGUUUACGAUGGACAAAUGAGCUUCAUGACCGUUUUGUACUUGCUGUGACACAGCUUGGUGGACCAGAGAGAGCAACUCCAAAAGGAGUUCUUAGAAUCAUGGGUGUGGCAGGGCUAACCAUAUACCAUGUCAAGAGUCACUUACAGAAAUACAGGCUUGCAAAAUGUGUUCCUGAUUCUUCAGCUGAUGAUGCCAAGUCCGAAAAGAAGGAUCCUGAUGGCGUGUCUUCUGGACUUGAAAGUUCCUCCUUUUGUUGUCUCAGUGGAACACAAAUAACUGAAGCACUUAAGUUGCAGAUGGAGGUGCAAAAGCGGCUUCAUGAACAAUCAGAGGUGCAAAGGCAACUGCAGCGAAGGAUAGAAGCCCAAGGCAAAUAUCUUAAGACGAUCAUUAAGGAGCAGCAACAACUAAGUGGUGAACUUGCCGAGACACCUGGAGGAGACAUUUCUGCCUGCAGCUAUGUUGACAAUAGCUCAGGUUCUGCCAAGACUGGCCCUCACAGAUCCGUUAAUGGUGACCAUGGUGGCACCGGAAAGCUGCUCAAAAGCCUUUCACAUGACAAUUCCUUGAGAGAGCCUGAAGCUUGACAGGAAUGCAGGAUCAGCCAGCCUAGUGCAUAGGAAGACAGAGUUGGUGCCAAGACGAGGCUCAGAUUUCCAGCAGCAACGCUCAAUUUUGAUUGCAAGGAAAGAGCAAGUUUGAUUCAUCAAUCACUUCAAUUCAACAUCUGGAUUUCACCACGUUUGAAGUUGCUCCUUUCAUAGUGACUGGAGUGAUGUGAAGCAUUUUUCCAUUCCCACGGUCUAUAAAUAAGCCCUGCAAGCAAGAAGCAAUGGAGUGAGAGGGAGAGGGAGAUGAUCGACCGAAUCCUUCUUGAUUUAAUAGAUUGUUCUGUCGUUGUGAGUGGAUCUGGCUCCCAAGUUAGGGUUCUUGAGUUCGAUGUGAGAGGUUUCUUUAUUUGCUUUAGUCAUCAUAGGAUACCCAUGUCUUCUCGUAUGAUUCUUGGUUGAAGCAUGAGACUGCUAACCUCUGUGCUGCUAUCCUAAUUUUGAACUUGUUUUUGUGGAUUUUUGGUUGAAAUAAUUGGAUCUUUGGGUGUGGGACCAAAA